AUGGCCCCAAUUUCAGAACCCUCACACACUUUCCAGAAGCUCAAACUCGACACCUCGACACCCCACAAACCCGUCGCUUCCACCUUUGCAUCUUUCGCGCCUCUAGCCCGUAAACAGUCCCCGCACAACCACCAUGGCCAGUCCCAGCUAACCGCCGAAUUCGCUGCUGCAGAACCGCAGAACAUCUCGCGCGCCUCUUUCCCUGCGCGUGACCACCAUGGCGCCGACUUGCGCGCCGAGUCCGACGAUGAGGGCUCCCUGGCUGUAGGCAGCAGCGGAAGUGACGAGGAUUUUGUAGCCAAAUUCAGGCAGCGAAAGACGAGCAUCAGCUUCAACAAUGAAGUCCGGCUCGACACGGGAGAGGGCGUCGGCCUGGGCGUGCCCGUGCCCAAGUCUUCACGGCAGUCGCAUUCACGCACACCCGAGAAUGGAAGCUACUCGGAUGGUUCGCAGCAAGACUACAUGGAGAUGCCCUACACCAUGCGCCGCAACAUGCAGUACCGCGUUGGAGAGUCCCGAUACCCACUCGCCCAGUCCACCGUAGACGACCUGGCCAACGACUCCGAGUACCGCGACCAAGUCGCAUCCUUGACGUCUGAUGCUACCGCUUCGCCGCCGCUAGACGAGGCGCAAACGCCCCUCGAGGCGCCGUCCGAGUACAUGCUCUCGCCAAUGCCUGCCACCUCCCCCAUGGAGUUUCCCCUCUUCUCGCCCUCUCCGCGCCGCGGCGGCCCACCUCGGACCAAGAGCUGGCGAUCGGAGAUUGGCGAAGAUGGCAGUCUGAAGAGGACUAGCCGUCGAUCGUCUGCCCGUUCGGGCCGUUCUCUGUCGUCCAUGUCGCCGGCUGCCUCUUUCCUGGCGCGUUACAAGGCGUCCGAGGCCCCAAUCAAGGCGCCCGAGCCAGACGACGAAGGCCAAGGCAUUGGCUAUGACAGCGAGUACAUUAUUGGAAAACAGAUUGGCUAUGGUGGCUUCAGCGUCGUGAAGGAGGUCACAAGCAUGGAGAACGGCAAACCUGUCAUCGAUGCUGUCAAGAUUGUGCGCAGGCUGCAACAGGACAAGUCUGAAAUUGAGAACGAACAGAUCCAGACGCAGUUCGACCAUGAGGUGGAGAUCUGGCGCUUCCUACGGCACCCCUAUAUUCUUCCCCUCCUCAGGGUAUACACCACCGACUAUGCCACUUUCUGCAUCACCAGGCUGAACAAGGGCGGGACUCUCUUCGACCUGAUCCGCGACACACGCCGCCAGAAGAAGAGCGGACUACCAGCUCACUUGGUGAAGCGCUAUGCCUAUCAGCUGGCGUCAGCCAUGCGCUACCUGCACAACGACGUCCAGGUUGUACAUCGCGACAUCAAGCUCGAGAACUGUCUUCUCGACAUGACCGUAAGCGACGCUGAAAAAGACGGCGGCGAUCUUCUCCUUUGCGAUUUCGGCAUGGCAGACUUCAUUGUCAGCGACCAGCGCGAUGGUCCCGAGCCACACUCGAUCGGUGACAACCAGAACAUAGGCCCCGCGGAGACUAGUACUUCUAUCGCUGGUAGCCUACAGUAUGCGGCUCCUGAGUUGUUCAAUACACCUGGACCUGUAUUCUCACCUGCGGCGGACAUCUGGGCGUUUGGUGUAGUUGUUUUCGCUUUACUCACCGCGACUCUACCUUUCAAUGACGGCCUCGAUAUCAAGACCAUUGAGAAGAUCAAAAAUUGCGAAUGGGACGCGGAUCUCAUACGUAACGCAGAGUCGGCCCAAGCAGGCAACAUCGACGAUGCCCUCGCAUUAGUCAGGGGCUGCCUUGAGGCUGACGUUGAAAAGCGCUGGAAUGUCCAUGAUAUCCUGGAGUGCGCAUUGUUGCGCGACUGCGAGCAACGCUUCGAGCACGUGGCUCGCUCUUGGGUUGCAGAGUCAUGA